CAUCGAUAUCACGCAAUGUCUCCUGUAGUGAAUGUUCUCUCACAUGCGUUACGUGUUUUUUGAGCCUGUGAAUGCGCGAUAACAUCGCUCUCUUGCGUGUUUCCAUUUGUGAUUGCUCCAGCGGGUUUUGCCAAAAUGAGCGAAGAGAAAGAAACCAAGGAAGAGGCCGCACAGGAAUUCCGCAUAGAUCCGGAGUCCGAGCUGCGUUUUGAAGUAGAAGGAAAAGAAAAGGUCACCGUUGAGUUGAAGUCGGGCCUUGCUGAAAUAUUUGGCGUCGAGCUGGUGAAAAAUAAAAAGUUUACGUUCGGACCUGGAGCCAAAGUUGCAGUUUUCACGUGGCAUGGGUGCACGCUGGAGCUCUGUGGAAAGACAGAAGUUGCCUAUGUGGCGAAGGAAACACCCAUGAUAUUCUACGCCAACAUCCACGCAGUGCUGGAACAAAUGCGGCAGAAGUGUGAAGAGGACGAUUCCAAGGGACCCACAGUAUUGGUUGUCGGACCCACGGAUGUCGGCAAGAGUAGUCUCUGCCGAAUACUCCUAAACUACGCGGUUCGUCAAGGUCGACGGCCAAUUUUUGUCGAUCUCGAUGUCGGACAGGGCCACAUAUCUAUACCUGGAACAAUUGGAGCGCUUUUGGUGGAGAGGCCGGCAGAUGUAGAAGAAGGCUUUUCUCAGCAGGCCCCCCUUGUCUACCAUUACGGCCAUAGUACGCCAGGGACCAAUGCCACAUUGUACAACGUCCUUGUUUCUCGACUUGCGGAGGUCAUCAACCAGCGUGCUGAAAGCAACAAGAAGGCUAGCAUCAGUGGCGUCAUCAUCAACACUUGCGGUUGGGUGAAGGGAACUGGCUACAAGGCAAUCACUCAUGCUGCUCUUGCUUUUGAAGUGGAUGUUGUCCUAGUGCUGGAUCAGGAGCGGCUCUACAACGAACUAGUCAGGGACAUGCCGGGAUUUGUCAAAGUGGUGUUCACACCAAAGUCUGGUGGUGUUGUAGAACGCAGCAAGUCCAUGAGGUCAGAAACCAGGGAUUCGAGGGUAAAAGAGUACUUCUAUGGCCUCAAGACACCUCUAUACCCACACUCUUUUGAUGUCAAAUUUUCCGACGUCAAACUGUACAAGAUAGGCGCGCCAUCUUUACCCGACUCCUGCAUGCCACUAGGCAUGAAGGCCGAGGACAAUUUCACAAAGCUGGUACCUGUUCCACUAGGACCCAAUGUGCUGCAUCACAUACUGAGCGUCAGCUUUGCAACUAGCAGCGAUGAGGACAUUCUACAGACUAAUGUGGCCGGUUUUAUCUGUGUAACGGAAGUGGACAUGGAGCGGCAAACGCUGACAGUACUCUCGCCACAGCCAAGGCCUCUGCCAAAGGCAGUGCUGCUAUUGAGUGAAAUUCAAUUCAUGGAUUCACACUGAUUAAUUCAUUCUGCUUUGUUGAUUAAUUGCGCAUCUCACCUUAUAAAUAAAUCAUCUCAUCACUGUUCUCACUCCUUCA